CCGAACUUUCUCAGAGCCGGUGAUUGGUCCCCCGCUUAGGGCCUCAGCCAGUCAGCGCGCAGGGAGGGCCUGGAGGCCCGCCCCACUCCGGCACCCGCGGGUGUCCAGGUUGGAGGCUGGAGCUGAGCCGCCAGUGGGCUGGCGGGCCAGGACGCACUGUGCUGCAGGGCAGCCCGGGGGCCGAGCGAGCAUGCGAGGGGACCAGGCAGCUGGGCUGCUGGCGCUUUUGGAGCUACUACUGCAGCCGUUGCUGCUGCUACGGCUGCUGUCCCCGGCCGCAGCGCUGCAGCCAGGCGAGCUCUUCCCCUAUGGGCAAUUCCAGGGGGACCAGCUCCUGAAUGAAGGCGACGACGAAAGCUCAGCCGCAGUGAAGCUGGCGAGCCCCUUGCGCUUCUACGAUGCCCAGUUCAGCUACCUCUACGUGGGCACCAACGGCAUCAUCUCCACCCAGGACUUCCCCAGGGAGACCCAGUAUGUGGACGAUGGUUUCCCCACGGACUUCCCGGCCAUCGCUCCCUUUCUGGCCGACAUCGACACGAGCCAGGGCAGGGGCAGGAUCCUCUACCGUGAGGACACGGGUCCAAAAGUGCUGGGUCUGGCCGCCCGCUACGUGCGCGCGGGCUUCCAGCGCGCUGCAGCCUCUGACUUCACCCCCACCCACGCCUUCUUGGCCACCUGGGAGAAGGUGGGCGCCUAUGAGGAGGUCAGGUUCGGGACACCUCCCUCGGGAGAGUUGAAUACAUUCCAGGCAGUUUUGGCAUCUGAUGAGUCUGAUACCUACGCCCUCUUUCUCUAUCCUGCCAAUGGCCUUCAGUUCUUUGGAACGCGCCCCAAAGAGGCCUAUAAUGUCCAGCUCAAGCUUCCAGCCCGGGUGGGCUUCUGCCAAGGGGACACCGACGACCCAAAGAGAGAGGGAGCAUACUUCAGCUUAACUAGCACUGAACAAUCUGUGAAAAAUCUCUACCAACACAGCAACCUGGGGAUCCCUGGAGUGUGGGCCUUUCACAUCGGCAGCGCCUCCCCUUUGGACAAUGUCAGACCCGCAGCAGUUGGAGGGGUUCUCGCCAACGCCCGCUCUGCAGCGUCCCUGGAACAGCCCUUCAGCCACGCUUUGGCCCUGGAAGCCUCCAACAAGGAGACCUGUGAACACAACCACAGACAGUGCUCCCGACACGCCUUCUGCACUGACUACGCCAUGGGCUUCUGCUGCCACUGCCAGUCCAGCUUUUUCGGAAAUGGGAAGCACUGUCUGCCGGCAGGGGCACCUCUUCGAGUCAAUGGGAAAGUGGACGGCCACCUCCAUGUGGACCGUACGCCUGUGACCUUCACUGACGUGGACCUGCAUGCUUACAUCGUGAGCAAUGAUGGCAGAGCCUACACGGCCAUCAGUCACAUCCCACAGCCCGCGGCCCAGGCCCUUCUCCCCCUCACGCCAAUCGGAGGCCUGUUUGGCUGGCUCUUUGCUUUAGAGAAACCAGGCUGGAAGAACGGCUUCAGCUUCACAGGUGCUACAUUUAUCCAUGAAAUGGAAGUUACUUUCUACCCAGGAAAGGAGAGGGUUCGAAUCACUCAGACUGCUGAGGGGCUUGACCCAGAGAACUAUCUGAACAUAAAGACCAACAUUCAAGGCCAGGUGCCUUACAUCCCAGCAAAUUUCACAGCCCACAUAGCUCCCUACAAGGAGCUUUAUCACUACUCAGACUCAGCUGUGACCUCCACAAGUUCCAGAGACUACUCUCUUACCUCUGGUGCCGUCAACCAAAUGUUGUCCUACCACAUCAACCAGAACAUCACUUACCAGGCAUGCAGGCAUGCCCCCCCACCCCUGGGCAUGCCUGUCACCCAGCAGCUGAGUGUGGACCGGGUCUUUGCCCUGUACGAUGAUGAAGAAAGAGUGCUUAGGUUUGCUGUAGCCAAUCAAAUUGGCCCUGCUGAAGAAGACUCAGCCCCUGCGCCAGUGAAUCCUUGCUAUGAUGGGACCCACAUGUGUGAUACGACAGCUCAGUGUCAUCCUCGGACAGGCGUAGACUACACCUGCACGUGUGCGUCUGGGUACCAGGGAGAUGGACGGAGCUGUGUGGAUGUUGAUGAAUGCUUGGAAAACAGAUGUCACCCUUCGGCUACCUGCUACAAUACCCCCGGCUCCUUCUCCUGCCGCUGCCCACCUGGCUACCAUGGGGAUGGACUUCAGUGCACACCUGACACCACGUCAGGACUGACAACCUGUGAACGUCAGCAGCGCGACGCCCAGGCUCAGCAUGCCUACCCUGGUGCCAGGGUCCACAUCCCCCAGUGCGACGAGCAGGGCCACUUCCUGCCGCUGCAGUGUCAUGGCGGCACCGGCUUCUGCUGGUGCGUGAGCCCCGAUGGUCACGAAGUCCCUGGUACCCGGACACCACCCGGCUCUAAUCCGCCUCACUGCGGGCCACCAGCGCCCACCCAGAGGGCCCCGACGGUCUGUGAGCGCUGGAGGGAAAGCCUGCUGGAGCACUAUGGUGGCGCGCCCAGGGACGACCAGUACGUGCCCCAGUGCGACAACCUGGGCCACUUCAUCCCCAUGCAGUGCCACGGGAAGAGUGACUUCUGCUGGUGUGUGGACAAAGACGGCAGAGAGGUGGAGGGCACCCGCUCCCAGACAGGCGUCACUCCCGCAUGUAUACCCACGGUUGCUCCACCCUCGGUCUGGCCCGCGCCCCGGCCUGAUGUGACCCCUCCGUCCGUGGGCACCUUCCUGAUCUACGCCCAGGGCCAGCAAAUUGGCUCCUUGCCCCUCAAUGGUACCAGGCUUCAGAAGGACACAGCCAAGACUCUGCUGUCACUGCAUGGCUCCAUAGUUGUGGGAAUUGACUACGACUGCCGGGAGAGGAAGGUGUACUGGACAGAUGUCGCUGGACGGACGAUUAGCCGUGCCAGUCUGGAACCGGGAGCAGAGCCUGAGACAAUCAUUACCUCAGGUCUGAUAAGCCCUGAAGGACUUGCCAUUGACCACUUUCGUAGAACGAUGUACUGGACGGACAGUGGCCUGGAUAAGAUAGAGAGGGCCAAGCUGGACGGUUCUGAGCGCAAGGCUCUCUUCCACACAGACCUGGUGAACCCCCGAGCCAUCGCUGUGGAUCCCAUCCAAGGCAACUUGUACUGGACAGACUGGAAUCGAGAAGCUCCUAAAAUUGAAAUGUCAUCUUUAGAUGGAGAAAACAGAAGAAUUCUGGUGAAUCAUGACAUUGGGCUACCCAAUGGUUUAACCUUUGACCCCUUGUCCAAACUGCUCUGCUGGGCAGAUGCAGGAACAAAAAAACUGGAGUGCACAUUACCUGAUGGAACUGGACGGCGUGUCAUUCAAAACAACCUCAACUACCCUUUCAGCAUUGUUAGCUAUGCAGACCACUUCUACCACACGGACUGGCGCAGAGAUGGUGUUAUAUCCGUCAACAGAGACAGUGGCCAGUUCACUGAUGAGUAUCUCCCAGAGCAGCGAUCUCAUCUCUACGGGAUAACUGCAGUCUACCCCUACUGCCCAGCAGGAAGAAAGUAAAUAUAGCAUUGUAAAGGACUUGCGUUUACAACCAGAAUCUGGACCCUAAAGAACAUUCACUGCAAACAAAGGUGAAGAAAGUAAAAAAGGAAUUGGCUAUUAGAAGUUCUUGCACAUACAAGAAAGACAUUUUCAGUGGACAACACCAAAAAAACUAAGUAUAUUUUGUGAAAAGUUUAUACCUCAAUCUUUACUACUGUAGUUU